AUGACCGAAAGUCCAUGUCUAUGCCACACUAAACUCGUAGAGAUACAAGGUAUAAUCGCUGAAGAACUACACGACUGCAAAGAAAAGUUCUGGAACCAUAAAAUCUCAAGUAUAGAAAAGGAACGGGAUCUGCUACUACUCAGGAACAACCAAUUGAGGUGUCAAUUGGCCGAAUUACAGUCCAAGGUUGCCGCAGAUCCAUUUAUAUCUAGAAGGUGCCAGGAGUUGAGCGGGGAAAACCACGGACUGGUACCAAGUGAGUUAGAGGCCCUGGAAACAUCCAAACUCCAUAGACAAUUAUUAAUAUAUGCUGACCACAAUAAGGAGUUAGAGGAAAGGUUAUCCCAGGAGCAGACAGUUUCCAUGUCAUGGAAAUACAAGUUUAAUGAUUUGGAGAGGAAAAUUGGAAAGCAUGUUGAUGAACUGCUUGACCUUACAAAGGAUCAAAAGUGUAUUGGAGACGUAGAGUAUAAUAAACACAAGACAAAACACUAUUGUGAUGUAGCAAAGGAGGCUCUUCAACUCCUAAAACUCGCAAAAGCUAGGAUUGAUGGCGAUAAACACAGGCUAGAUUCAUACGUUAAACGUGUAUCAGAAUUGGAAAAUUACUUGUCCCAAAUUAGGCUCGGUACAGUUUCUCCUCAGGAAGUUAUAGGGUCUAUAUUGUAG